AUGGAAGAGCUUAAAAAGAAAGGAGGCAAAGGUGGCAAGAAAGGAGGCAAGGGAGGCAAGGGAGACGGGGAAGAUGAAGAGAUGGACGCCGUGCGGGCCCUACUUGGAUUCUGCAAGCAGUUGGAUAAGGCAGUGGAGAAAGGCCUACCUGAAGAUACUCCAACAGAGUUGACAGAUAUUUUCACCGCAGUGGAUCCUAUCUGCGAUGAUGCUCUAGCCAUUGCUGAAACCAAUGCCGAAGAAGAGGAAAAAAAGGGAGGUCCAGAAGGGGCUCUUGUAAAUCUAUGCGAAGGCCUUGAGAGUGGUGACAUCACUAACACUGACACAGACUACGACGGUGUGUUUACCGACCUCGAGCCAGUGUGCACGGAACUUCUGGAAUAUGUAGAUUCGCAGACAGAAGAGGAGGGCGGAGAUGUCACAGUACAAGAUUUCAAAAAGAAAGGAGGUAAAAAAGGAGGCAAGGGAGGUAAGGGAGGCAAGAAAGACGGGGAAGAUGAUGAGAUGGACGCCGUGAAGGCUCUACUUGGAUUCUGCAAGAAGUUGGAUAUGGCAAUUGAGAAAGGCUUACCUGAAGAUAUUCCAACAGAACUGACUGACAUUUUCGACGACGUAAGUCCUAUCUGCGAUGAUGCUAUGGCCAUUGCUGAAACCGAUGCCGAAGAAAAGGGUGGAAAAGGAGACAAAGGCGAUAAAGGGGGUCUGGAAAAGCCUCUUGUGAAACUAUGCGAUGGCCUUGAGAGCGGUGACAUCACUAACACUGACACGGACUACGACGAUGUGUUUACCGACCUCGAGCCAGUUUGCACGAAGCUUCUGGAAUCUGUAGAUUCGCAAACGGAAGAGGAGGGCGGCGAUGUCACAGUACAAGAUUUUAAAAAGAAAGGAGGCAAAAAAGGAGGCAAGAAAGGAGGCAAGGGAGGCAAGAAAGACGGGGAAGAUGAAGAAAUGGACGCCGUGAAGGCCCUACUUGGUUUCUGCAAGAUGUUGGACAAGGCAGUGGAGAAAGGCCUACCUGAAGAUAUUCCAACAGAGCUGACAGACAUUUUCGCCGACGUCGAUCCUAUCUGUGAUGAUGCUCUAGCCAUUGCUGAAGGAGCCUGAAGAAUAUAAAUAGAAUUUUACAGAGAUUUGUCCGAUGCAAUAAACUUUUCACUUCAGAUUUACUGUACGCAUGUUUUGCAUAGCCACAGUUGUCUUGCAUUCGCUGGCGAAUCAUUUCACGAAUUAAAUCAAUUCAGGCUUAAGCGCCUUUCGAAAUCCUAACUUUGCAUAUUUUGUCAGUUAACUUGCAAAUGAACGCAUAGAAAAUACUGUUUAGAUAAUAUGUACAUUUUCUUUCUUCUUGUUUUUGUUUGUCAAUAAAUACACUGCAUCACAAUA